AACUUCUACUUUCCAGCUCCGAUCAGUAGCUUUUCCGACUUUCCGGCGGAAACAGAAGUGUAAUAUUUGAGUGCUCGAGUGUGAUGGACAAUGUUGUAGAAUCCCUGAAUAACGGGUAUCAAGAAUUUGUAGCUGCAGCAGCUAAUCUGCUUGAAACUAAAGUAAUUGCAGGCGAGCACAAAACGGUAGCCACAGAUGCUGCCCUGGAAGUCUUUACGCAGAAAUGGGAAUUGUUUAGAGUCGCUUGUGAUCAAGCUGAGGAAUUUGUUGAGUCUGUCAAGCAAAGCAUAGGAUUGGAGUGUCUUGUAGAUGAGGCUACGGGUUCUGUUGCUUGGAAGCCAGAGCAGGCUUUUGCUGGCCUUCCCCCCAUCAGUGCCGUUCGAUUAGAACAAAUGAGUAAAGCUGUCCGGUGGCUUGUGAUUGAACUGCAGCAUGGUAGUGGGGUUGCUGGUGGUCAAGGAAAUAUCGAUCCUUGUGCUCCUUUUGAUUCUAGGUUCACUGAGGAUGCUGCCCAAUAGGUACAUGUGCUUGAUUAGUUAAGAUGUUAUAUGAGGCUGUUAGCUUGAAUUUAUGUGGCUAUGCCAUGAACUUGAUCUCAUGAUUUUCAUCAGAUCAUCCAGUCCAAUUCCUCUUUCCUUGUGUUUGUUACUCUUAAAGAAUUGUAGUUUUGGUAAUACUUUGGCUUUAAUAAUCUUACUUUAUGUCA